AUGCCUCAAGCAGAUGUCAACCUUGUGCGCCUUCCAAUAACAAUCCAUCAUUUAAAACAUUUUCACAUGAUGCUAGCAAUACCUGUCACAACACAUUUCGACUCAAUUAUGGUUUGGGCUGCCAUAACAUUGGCAUUUUUUGGCUUUCUGCGGCUUGGAGAGUUAACUUGUAACUCAAAAUUCAAUUCAGAUUCGCACCUCAUGCCUAAAGACGUUGUUUUUUCCAACGACCUACAACCAACCACUGCUAUGUCCAUACGGAUAAAAGAAUCCAAAACUGACCCCUUUCGGGUGGGACAUACCAUAAGUAUUGGAGGAACACACACACCUCUCUGCCCAGUGUUGGCCAUGAAACAGUAUUUAGCCAGAAGGCAGCCAAAAUCAGGGCCUCUGUUUGUAAAUUAUGCGGGUAAACCACUUACAAAACAGGCCCUAACACUUGAAACAAGAAAAUUACUCAGUCAAGCCGGAUUCAACGCUUCAAACUUUGCCGGUCAUAGCUACAGAAUCGGUGCUGCAACUACGGCAGCCACAGCGAAGUUACCUUCCUGGCUCAUAAAAACUUUGGGUCGGUGGUCCUCAGACU